AUGAUGCGCCGGUGCCGCGGCGAAUCGUCCGGAGGCCCUUGCAGGGGGCAGCAGUUGCAUGAUAGAUCCCUAAAUAUAGCAGGGCAGGUAGUUGCCAAUACAGAAGAGCACCAAUCAGACCGGGACCAGGUUGCACAGCAGACAGUGGUGAGAUCAGGCAAUGGACAGAAACGUCGCAACUGUGAGGACCACCCUUGUUGCGGCACAGAGCAUAUUUCCAAGAAAGCCAAGUGUGCAAAGGAGAGUGACACUGCGGACAGUUCACACAGCGCAAAAGAAAAUGAGCUGGCAGAUGAAGCGGACAAUCCAUUUCUAAGGUAUAUGCUGCCUUACCAAGAAUGGAAAAAGAUUCCAGGGUUGCAUGUCAAUGAACAUGUGGACUACUCCAAGAAAGCAGUGAGUGUAGUGGAGCGAUGCCGUUCAGAGUUUUGGCAGUUGUACAAGCACGCACGAGUGGAAGAAGAGAAACGGGUCAAGAAGGCAAGGGCUGGAGGCAACACCCGUGUAGCAAGCCGUCCAGACCGUGUUGCCGAAAGCCAAAUGCUGCGGCUUGGCAAAUGUGUCAACCAGCAGCCCAUCUUGGGCCACAUACCAGGAAUAAAGGUCAACGACGAAUUUCAGUUGCGCUCUGAGGCCCUGGUUGUUGGCCUGCACAGGUCGCCACUGGCCGGAAUUGUGUGGAUCCCCAAAUCCCGUGCAACAAAAACCUUGCCGCCAGUGGCUACUAGUGUUGUGGUGGGUGGAAUGUAUGAGGAUGACUCAGACAUGGGCAACUCCAUUACAUACACGGGGGAAGGCGGCAACAAUCUAUUGGGCAAUCGCAAACAAAUCUCCCACCAAACGUUGACCAGGGGAAACGAGGCAUUGGCAGAAAACUGGAAGCUCGGGAUUCCUGUACGCCUGUUGAAGAAAAACAAUGACAAGAAAAAGGUGUCCAAAGUGGUGUUUCGGUACGAUGGACUCUGGGAUGUUGUCAAGUACUACAAGGAAACGGGCAAGGAAGGGUACUCAGUUUGGAAAUUCCAACUGGAACGACGGCCAGGUCAGGAGCCGUCCAAAUCAAAGCGUGUGCACUACAGAAUGGUCAACAACUUCAAGGGCCACUGGGAGGGUGACCAGUCCUUCCUGAUCUGCAAUGACAUCUCCCGUGGGCUGGAGGCCCUGCCUAUACCUGUGGUCAACGCAGUGGACUCAGAGCUUGCACCAUCCCUCCUCAAGUCCGACGUGCCCAAAGACACUGUUCUCCACGGAUUUCAGCCCAUCCCGUUUGCUGACUAUGACUUUUGCUACUCCGCCACCUCCCGUCAUGCUGAAAACGUCCACUUGCCGCCCAUCCCCACUCUGCCACCCCAAUAUGCGGGCGAUCCCCAUGUGCACAUCAGGGAUUUGAAUCAUGGGACUUUGCCUUACGAGAUGGGGGAGGGGGGUGUUCCAUUGUUAAUUUCACCCAUGUCGAUCGUCAUCGAAUGUGGACCAUGGUGCCACUGCCUAAAGGGCAGGGGUUGCCCACAAGCAGUGAGUCAAAUGGGAUUGCGAUGGAAGUUGCAGAUCUUCAAGACAGUUCGUUGUGGUUGGGGUGUGCGGGCCCUCGAAUCCAUCCCUCGUGGUGCCUUCAUUACAACCUAUCAUGGCGACGUUGUCCGCAGAGAGGAUGUCGACAAUGCUGACAGCAUUGACGACACCUACUUCUUUGACAUGUGCAAGCGGCCUGACAUCAGUGAUGACAACAAGGAACUGAAAAAGCCAGAGGAGGUGGAUGUACAAUACGUGGUAGACGGCCGUUCUUUUGGAAACUUCACAAGGUUCGUCAACCAUUCGUGCAACCCCAACCUCUUUGUCCAGCCCAUCCUCAGUGACCACCUUGACCGCAAGAUGCCCAAGAUUUGCCUCUUCACGAUGACCCGUGUGGCACCUGGCCAAGAGCUAACAUAUGACUAUGGAAUGUACUAUGUGCAAAACAAAUUGCACGGAAAAUGCCACUGUGGAGCACGACAUUGUGUCUCAAGGCAACUGAGAGGGUGA